AUGCCCGAAGCGACUUUCAAGCUACGACUUCUAGGCGCUUUUUCAAUCCUGAUAUCAGCUAUUAUCGGUCUUAUACUACAAAUUAUCCUUGCUUUUACACUCUAUAAGGGAUGGAAUACGUUCAAAGGAAAUAGUUUCUAUCUGAUUACGGUACAAUUAAUGUGGUGUGAUGUAUGCGCUCUUAUACUCGAUCUUUACGUCGCUUUUCCACUUAUAUUAACAGGAGUUCAAGUGCGGAUUUUCGAGCGGAAUUAUAUGGGCGACAGUAUACUAUUCUACUAUGGACCGUUAUUUUUCGAAGGAAUAGCUUUCAAUGGGAUAUUUCUGCUCUCUUUUUUUCUGACCACAAAUCGUUUCCUAUUAUUUGUGUGUCAACGAUUACAUGCUAAACUUUUUACUAUUCGUGGAACAAAAAUAAUGUCUGCGCUCGUGUGGAUUUAUGUUUUCGUUUUUAUGGGACUAUCUAACGUAUUCGGCUGCACUAAGCAGUUUUCAAAAGAAUAUUUCUAUUUUUGGUACAACUGCAGUAAGUCGGUUCCAGGUAAAUUCCACUUUAAAAACUAUAUGGACAUCCAAGGGUAUUCAAUUCCUUGCGCCAUGUUACUUAUGUAUUUUGUUAUUUAUGUGAAAAUAAGGAUGACGACAUAUGGAACCAGGAUAGUUGGUGAUGCACGUGUGAAGCGAGAAAUCAGAUACCUUGUACAAACUAUACUUAUUUGUUUUCUCCUUGGUGUCGAGAUAAUAGCGUUUAUUACAAUACCCUUUCUAAAUGUCAGUGGUUAUACUCACUUCUAUCUGAAUAUUCUUCUCAAUCUCCUACUUGUCAUCAACAAUCUUACAACACCUGUUGUUCUCCUUGCAUUUAACUGGGAGAUAAGGAAAUUUCUACGAAUUGCGCUACACCUUCGACGAUCUUGUAAUCCAGUCACGUCUCUAUCAGUGGCACUUUCUAGAAAAAGUAGAACAUAG